AUGUCAUCCACCCACGCCUCCCUCACAGCCGCGACCCAGGACCGCAAAGCGCGCCUCGCAGCCCUUAAAUCCCUCAAGCGCAAAGCCCCCGACGUAGAGCUCGAAGCCUCCGAAGACGCCGCCGCACGCGUCUCACCUCCCCCCAACUCGACCGCCGCCUCCGCCCCCGACGCAACAAUCACCUACCUCUCCGGUCGGAACUACGACCCCUCGACCCGCGGCCCAAAACUCGGCUUCGAAGCCGCGCCCUCAGCCGACCAACCGACACUCGAAGCCGCCGCCGCCGAGCUUGCGGCGCAGACGAAAGCGGCGCAGGAAGCUGCGGAAAGGGAGGAUAGACCCAUAGAUCUUUUCGCGAUUCAGCCGAAGAAGCCGAAUUGGGACCUUAAGAGGGAUCUGAAUAGGAGGCUCGAGGUGCUGAAUGUGAGGACUGAUAAUGCGAUUGCGAGGUUGGUGAGGGAGAGGAUUGAGGCGCAGAGGGUGGUGGCGAAGGAGAGGAAGAGGGUGGAGGGGAUACAAGAAGAUGAAGAAGGGGAGGGAGAGGAGGUGGGGAUGGAGGGGAGUACGUUGGUGGAGGCAAUGAGGGUCAGAGAGGCGGAAGACGAGGAGGAGGAACGGAGAGAACGGGAGGAGAUUGAGGAGAUUGGGGAUAGCUGA